CGAGAUCAAAAUAUUGGUUGUGCUUUGAAUAUGAUUGGUGUAGUAAAAAAGAACUUACAAGAUUUUAGAGAUCAUGGUUGGGAUGCCUUUUUGAAGGAAGUUAGUGAAUUUUGUGAAGAACAUGUAAUUGAUGUACCUAACAUGGAAGAUUAUCUUCGUGGGCGAUCAAGAAAGAAGAUGAAAGGUGGUGAACCCAUGACAAAUUAUGUGCAUUUUCGUGUAGAGAUCUUUGCAAAGGUGAUUGAUACUCUUGCUGUGGAAAUGGAUAGACACUUUACAGAGACAAACACAAAUUUACUAAGAUGUGUGAUGUGUCUUGAUCCUUCUAAUUGCUUUGCGAGUUUUGAUCAAGAUCGGCUAUUGGAACUUGCUGUAUUAUACUCAGAAGAUUUUAGUUCUACUGAUCGAGUUGAGCUUAUUCAUGAACUUCAAAAUUACAUUUCGGAUAUGAAAUUGAAUAAAGUUUUUGCUAACAUCUCCAAUCUUGGAAGUCUUGCAAAGAAGAUGGUGGGGAUGAAUUAUCACACAUUUUCCUUUGGUAUAUCGGCUUAUAGAAUUGGCAUUGAUAUUACCUGUUGGUACAGCUUCAGUGGAAAAGAGUUUUUCUGCGAUGAAUAUUGUCAAGACUGAUUUACGCAACCGUUUGGGAGAUGAGCUUUUAUCAGAUUGUCUGUUGUGCUACUUUGAGAAAGAAAUUUUUAAGAGCAUUGAUGAUGAAGUUAUUAUGCAGCGCUUUCAAAAGUUGGCAUCUCGAAAAAAUUUUCUACGGCCUCAAACAAGUCUUACUCCUUUACACAAGUAGAAGGAAUGUUUACUUGCAAUUUGCCAAUUAAGAUACUACUUACUA